AUGCAACAUUUCAGUUCAUCAUUGACACCUUCAUGGCAACUAGAGUCAAAUCUGUUGCAGGGGAAUGACAAGGUACAACACCACCAGGAUCUCGUGGUCGCAGCAAAAAAAAAGGAGAAGAAUAAUGGAUCUGGUGGAGGAAUCAACAAGCGCCUCGAGGUACACCAUCAACCCGAUCUGGAGAAGGGCUCUGUGGUGCAGACAAAAAUAGUGGGGUGUGGUUCCGGUGGUAGGAUACGCAGAUUCACCGACAAACCCGAUGGUGAAGCAUUCGGGUGCUUCGAUGCCGGAGGAAGCGAAUAUAGUGGAAGGUUGGCUGAUUGCGGAGGAGGAUUUAGCGGUGGUGGUGGUGGUGGUGGUUCCGGUGGAGAUGUGCAGCGGAGGCAUGGUGGUGGUGGGAUAUUUUACUGGGUUGAGAGAAGAGGAGCGGGAAGAGAUGAUGAAGAAGGAUCCUUGGGAUGCGGAUCAGGUGGUGGACCUGGUUAUUUUGCCGGAGUAAAUUCCGGCAGUGGGCCAACUUCCUAG